CACUUUUUCCGCAGUCCAUUCUUCAUCGCAAAUUUCUAGAUAGUUAACCUUGAUAAGGCACCACCAGGCACCGUCUCGCGACAAACCGAAAUGCAGUUGUCUCCUGUAUUCAGUCGGCGGUCUCUGACAGUCGCCACUCUUUGCAGUCUGCUAUGGUCAGGCGUAUCCACGGACCCGGUCGAGAGCAGGCCUCAUGGAAGCGGCGUUCUGCCUAAGCUUAGGCCUCCGUCUAUUUCUCUGAUCGCAUCCCCAUUUUCUAAAGGAAAUAACACAAACGCAGAGACGCCCAGCCAGAUCCAGACAGUGUCGAGGGACGAGUUUCUUUGCAUGUUCGUUGAAACGUUCAAUCGAGAGUUUAAAGCUGAAGACGGAGGUCUUCCAGGGUUGUUUAUGGAAGUGGCAUUCGAUCCCGUAGUGAGCCGGUCAACGUCAAUUAACGUAUUGAAGAAGCAGAUGCGCGCUUUUGCAGAUUUAAUGGGUGUGGACGGCCUUGGACCCGAUGAUGAGCGCCUGAAAACAAUACUUGAAGUCUUUUCAUCAUAUCCUGUGACACAGCAAGGACAGUCUGCAUGAUUUCGGGCAGGAAUCAGUACGGCACUGACUCUGUGAAGUGUUUUUCCUGUUCGCGGAGAUCAAUGAAUUACAGAGUGGAUUGUCUCCGUUUUCUGUCCGUCAUUUCAGUCACAAGUUAUUUUCGGCGACAACAAUGACAACGAUUAUCCCCUGAUCUGAUUCUCUUAUAC